CUUCGCCCUAUCGAAUUCGACCGAUGGCGUCCGUGGCUUCCCACCGACUCUUCUCCGCCUCCUUCUCCUUGUUCUUCCUACUCCUCAUCCCUCGGCACGGUGCCUCCACGGACUUCCAGUACUGCAACAAAGAAGCAGACUAUCCGGUGAAGGUCAGCAGUGUUCAAAUAUCACCUGAUCCUAUUGCACGGGGCAAGCCAGCUAAAUUUAAGAUUACAGCAAAUGCUGGAGCUCCAAUCUCUGGAGGGAUGUUGGUAAUUGAUGUCAAGUAUUUUGGCUUUCUUGUUCACGAAGAAACUCAUGAUCUUUGUGAAGAGACAUCCUGCCCAAUCUUAAACAGUGAUUUCAUAUUAUCUCAUCAGCAGACUUUGCCAUCAUAUGCACCUCCAGGUACAUAUGCACUCACGAUGAAACUGAUAGCAAACGCGAUAGAGUUGACUUGCAUCAACUUUGAUUUCAGUAUUAGAUUUGCAUCCGUUGCUGACAUCUGAAAACUAAGCUUCAACUUUGUCAAUGUGAUAUCAGAGCUGGAGUCUUUUCAUGGCUCAAUUGUAAAAAACACAUGGAAAUAAAAAUGGCAUGUAUCUAAAACCUGUGAAGACUGAUAUGAAUAUUAGAAAAGAUAUUGAUUUGAUCUCUCUGUUGAUUGCUUCGAGUCAUAGUUGAUAGGAGAGAAUGAAAUGAAUUGUAAUGGAAUAGAAUGAACUGAUAGACACUAAUUUGCUGAAUUCCUCUAAGUCUGUCUUCUUGUAGUCGAUGAUGCCUGGCAUAAACCCAAGCGAAUAACUAGCGCUCAGAAUUGAAAUUCAACAGCUAUUUUUCUUUAACACUGUAUUAUUAGGCAUCAACUGCAAACACAAUUGGGAGCAUAAGAUUAAAUUAGAAGAUAGAUGCUAAAGAUACAUCUAACUAAUUUGUCAAGGAUUAGGUCCUACAUUAAUAGUGAAUAAUACAAGAACUUGUUCAAAUGUUACUUUGCAUGGCAACAUGUCUCAGCUAUUCAAUACAAUACAAGUUAUUGGGAGCAGCUAGACUACUCAACUCUAGCUGUCAAUAAGUUCAUCAGUCCAGAAGAA